UUAAAUAUCAUAAUCUCAGGAUGUUUACAAAAGUAGUUUUCCGUAUACCUUCCACAUUGUUUUUAUUGAAAGUAUAGAUUUCGCAAAGGUAUUGUUUUUCUGUUUGCUUCCUUCAACGUCUACCUAACAGUCAGUUUUCCUUCUGCUUAUGAAAUGACUAAACCGUCACGGUAAUGGGCGGUUGUUGGUGCAAGGACAAAGCACCCGACGAGGAAGCGCCGUACGGCACGUCGUCGGCGGGCUCCGGCACCGGUUCUGUGGGCGUAGAGAUGCGUCCUCAAGUGCCCGAAGUGGUACACUCUUGCAUCGUCGAUCUCCUUGUGCUAGAAAUGUUGUCGCUUAUAGCGUCGUUUGUUGAUAAUGACGAAGAAUCUCCGGUGUCUUUAGUAAAGCUGCACGUGAUCGCCGACAAGGAAGACGGGUGGAUCCAGGUGGUCUCAUCGAUGAUUAACGUGAUUCCAAUGGAGAACCCGUUCGGGCCUUCCGCCAUCAUCAUACUGUUUGAUGACUGUCCGUUACCGUCCAAAGAGUCCGUCAUUAAGGUAAUGAAGUUGUUUGAGCUGUCAUCGCAACGAGCUAGCACUGGCGAUUUGAACGUCAGAGUGGAACGCAACAUUUGCGUGGUGCUCGGCUGCAUAGCUGACAAGCUGGCCGGUCCGAACAGCGUCGCCGUGCUCACUGAACAAACACUAGACUACUUGCUCACAUUCUUGAUUAUUCGCCGCGAACCGUGUUUAGUAUUAUUCGCGCUCAUAGCUCUCGAGAAGUUCGCGCAUACGACGGAAAAUAAGCUAACGAUCAAGAGUAGACUCGAACAUGAGUCCGUGAACCCGCUCCUUACGUUAGAAAAGUUGGUGGACAGCGUCGACUAUAUGUGGCGGCAAGUUGGCUUCUGUGCCAAAUGGACGCUGGAUAACCUUUUCAUCGUCGAAGGCAGGAAAUUGUCAUACGAAGUGGUCGACAUGAGCGGCAUCAACGUGAUACUGAACACUAGGGACGCCAGCGAAUAUCUCAAGAUAUCCGCCACGGGACUUGAGGCGCGCUGCGAUUCCUACUCGUUCGAGAGUGUUCGAUGUACUUUCCAAGUGGAUGACGGUUGUUGGUACUACGAGUCGCUGAUCAUCACGCCAGGAGUCAUGCAAAUAGGCUGGGCCACCAAGAACAGCCACUUCCUGAACCAUGAGGGGUACGGUAUAGGAGACGACCUGUACUCGCUGUCGUACGACGGAUGCCGUAAGCUCGUGUGGUAUAAGGCCCGAGCUUCGUCAGUGCCCGAUGUACCAGCGUGGAAACCUGGCGAUGUACUAGGCUGCCUUAUAGACUUCAGUGCUAAAGAAGUUGUGUUCUCGCUCAACGGAAAACGGCUGCAGACAUGUAGCGAGAUCUUCGAGACCACGAGAUGCGGUUUCUUCGCAGCCGCUAGCUUCAUGGCAUUUCAGCAAUGCCUGUUCAAUUUUGGUAGUGAGCCAUUCAAAUACCCGCCAGUCGAUCGGCCGUAUUCCGUAUUCAACGACCAUGGACAUCUAACCGAAGAAGAGAAAAAAGUGGUGCCCAGACGGGUGUACUUGGAACAGCUGCGAUGUUCCAGCGUGAAGGAAGACUCGUGUACGCUCUGCUUCGACGAUACCGCGUGUUGCAUCCUAGAGCCCUGUGGGCAUAGAGGCUUCUGCUCUGUGUGCACAUCGCAACUAAAAGAGUGUCCCAUGUGUCGGGCGGCCAUACUGAACGUACGCCGCGAGCUAGACAAAUGACACGAGGUAAGUUGCCCACAAGGUCAGGAGUGUGAGUCACCAAGCCCCAACACAACGCUCGACGAAACACCAAGCCCUAUCAUAACGCUGAACGAGUCGCCAAGCCCCAACAUAACGCUCGACGAAUCGUCAACGCCGUCGUCUUGUGACGACGACUCGCAGGAACUUGAUGAUCAACAGAUCGAAUAAGAGCUUACUAUUUUAAAAAAUUACGUCGUGGCGUCAACUGUAGUCUGUCACACUUUCAACCUUAUUUACAAUAACGAACUUAUUGCAUUGGUAUGUUUUGUUAUUGAAAUGGUGGUAUUUUUUAGCGUUUGUAGGCACCCAGCCUGCGGUAUACCGAUGUUACUUAUUUUAUGUGGUAACUAUUAUUUUAAUUGUAAUAAUUGAAAAUAUUCAAUUGAAUUGUAAUAAUUAAUAAUUUUCUAUUGACCGCCAAAUAAUUUAUUUUUAAUGUUAGUAAAAAAGCUUCUCAACAGUUUUUAAAAUCGAAUGUGGCUUUAAAAUUUCAGCAUAAUACUAUGAAUCUUGACUUAUUCAAAUUGAGAAGAUCAUAACUUCUAAAGAUUUAAAUUGAGGAAUAUUUCAUUUACUCUUUCAAACUCUUCAACUCCUCUGCGAGAAACAUGAUUUACUAAUAGUACAUUACGAUACGCGUGACCUAAGUUGACUAUUACUUACAGUAAUAGACAACUUAGGCCACAAGUAUCGUAUACUAUUUUAUAGCAAGUGUGACAUAAACCCGCCCCGGACGUGGG